ACAGUCAGACAGACAAUAGCCACACCAGAGAGACACAGCUAAUAGAAAGAGUGAGAAAGGUUCUGAGGCUUGAGAGUGGAUUCAUACAGUGUUUUGAAUAAGGACGGCGCAAAACUACUUCAUUUAUAAACUCAGUGCUCACUGUAUCACUUCAAAGCUCUGACUGGAUAUCGAUUUGAGGCAAAGAAACCGUAUAAACACUAAUGAGUGCGACCAAUUCCUCUGCCUAUCGAUCGGAGCGCAGUUUCCACCAGACAUCCUCCUCAUCUUCAUCCUCAACCUCAACAAACCCAUACAUGGAGAAGAGCCGGGGACUCUUCGCUGAGGACUUUGGAUCUUUCAUGUGUCCAAAAGAUGCUUUGGGAUUUCCAAACAGAACAGGGACAGUUGGAAACGUCAAGACUCUGGGAGACACAUACCAAUUCACAGUGGACGUCCGAGACUUCUCUCCUGAGGAUGUGAUAGUCACCACCUCAAAUAAUCAGAUUGAAGUUCACGCUGAAAAGCUUGCUGCUGAUGGAACGGUGAUGAACACUUUUACCCAUAAAUGCCAGCUACCAGAGGAUGUAGACCCCACCUCGGUGAAGUCAAGUUUAGGGGCUGAUGGGACUCUCACUAUAAAAGCACAGAGAAACACUGCAAAACUGGAGCAUGCACAGACGUUCCGCACAGAGAUCAAAAUUUAGAUCUUUCCUCUCCUGCUGUAUCUGUUUUCCUGUGAUAAAUGACCUUGAUAACAGUUACUUAGUCCUGCUUUGUCAUUCCUCCAUGACCUUCUCUCAUUACUCCUCAUUAGACUUGGGUGGAAUUUAAUCCUGUCACAUGUAUUUGAAACAUUCAACACACAUGCACUGCUAACGUCAAUUCCCUGCCAAAUAUAUAUCACCUUAUAGUAUACAGUGGGGUUCAAAAGUCUGAGACCACAAAGAAUAUCUGUGAUUCAAAAUCCAAUUUAAAUCUGUAUAGAAACAACAUUUUAGGAUUUUGAGAGUAUGAUAGAAAAUGUAUGUCUUUAAAUUAAUAAGAAAUGUUUCAAGUCUGCACUAUUUCUGUCACUAAAAGUAAUCAAAUUUGUUAGAUUGAUCACGUGACUCUUUCUGCAGAUGUUCUUGCUUCCAUUUAAAUCAUGCUGGAGAACAUGAUCAUCAGGCUUUAUACAAAUGUGUGAAGUUCAUGUAGCUUGAAUGCUGCUCUCAUCAAAUCAACAAGAGGACAAACCAAAUACUAAAAUAUUUUUUAAAAACUUAUCCCUCAAACUUUUUGCUGAUAAUAUAAUUUGAAAAGCAUUUUUAGUAGUAGUUGUCUAAGAAUUUUGGAGCUUGUUGUAUGACAAACAAUCAGAAGAGAAACUGAUUGUUAUUGUUAUCAAAAGGUAUAUUUUCUAACUGUAAAACUGUGUUGUGUUGGGUGAUUUAACACUACUUUAGAAGAUAAUAAAACCAGAACACAUUUGAUGAGUA